AUGUCUACGUCCAGAAUCUCCCCGGCCAUAUUAGAGCCGCUCGUCAACCAUCUCACUCUCCCGGCCCGCCUUCCAGGUCAACAGGACAGCAGGCUCUACAAGAUUGAACAGGACCUUACUUCGCUGCUGCUAGAUGCUACAAAAGAAUUACAGUCUGCUGGUCUGCUGGUGGAUUCCCUCCGUCAAUCACUCCAGACAAGCAGGGUGAUCAACGCCUCUGGAAGGCUUCUCUUGUCGUCUCUCUUGACCGCCCUCAGAGAAUUACCCAAGAGCGAAUUCCUGGUCCUUCAUAUUGUUGAGCAGAAUGCAGCUUUAGUCAUUCGACGAGAUCAUCCAGAGCGCAACGAAACUGUUCUAUUUGAGGCGUUUGAAGCUUCCGCCAGAUCUGAGGAUGUCCUUGCAUCUAAAAGUGCGCUACAAUGGGACUUCCCUGGGUGUGCGGUUGCGCUUCCAAUCUCAGAGUUCGAAAAGCCCUCCUUCCAAACCGAACUUGCCAAAUUUCUUGAAAAGGCCAGCAUAGAGUCGAUCAAGCGAUUUGCAGCAUGUACCAACAAGGCAGGAUCAUUUACUUACGAGACUCGUGACUCGGUCAACCCGUCCCUCAUCACCCAAAUGCUUAUGACUUUGCUUCAAGUCAACGGCACCCGGGUAUAUCCAUCACUUCUUCGAAAACGCGUUAGAGACGACGUGUCUUGGGAUGGAGCUGAGAAUCCUUGGCGCCGUGCACCCUUUUGGCUGGUACUUAGGGUUGCAGCUCAGCGACACUUGACUACACUCCUAGGUGGCGGCCGCGGAAGAAUAGUGUACAAGUUCGCCAUAUGCUUAGUCCUUGCCCAUAUUCUCGUUGAAUCACUAAACCACUUGAGCCCUGAGCUUGUGGUCCAUAUCAGAGCCAAACUAUGCCGGCGCAUUGUGAAAUUAGAGGUUGAGAAACAGGGGGCUGAUGUUCAGCUUCGAGAGCACUAUGUUUACAUGCUCGGGGUGUUUCGAGAAGUUUUUCUCCAGUCAACAGCUACAGCUACGAAACGACUUGAAGAUGACUGGGCCACAUUCAGGAGAUCUAUUCAACGGCCGGUUCUUCCACUCCCGCGUCGCGCCGACGAACGUCAUUUGCAUCUCACACUUCCAAACAGUGCCAGUUACCUCAGAAAUGUUCUCACGGUUUCCCUUCACCGACAAGCCGGAUUUCAGUCUUCGAUUACAUACACCCUUGCACAGCAUUACGACGUAUCUACUACGAUUACCAAACCGGGUACUGCCUUUGCCAAUCGAUACUUCGUACUAUCGGAAAUAGAAAACAAAAUUGAGCGGGAUCUCCAGUCGGAGCCAGAACAUGGCAGUCACGGCGAAAAUAGAUGCCUCAGUAUCGCACGGCUGAUAAAAAAGUAUCUUGCCGCUGCAGCGGGUGCUUAUGAUUUCAAUCCCGAGCAAAAGAGUGUCAUGAUUUUACGUGUAAUGGAGCUCUGGGCAUCACUAGAUCGAGUUGUUAUUAAGCUCUUUCCGUUACUGAGAGAUUAUCACCUUGGUUUCCAAUCAAUAAUAAUGGAUGUCUUGCAGCUAUCUCGACUCCAAGAUAUGUCCCGUCUGCAGGAGAUACGAGCAUAUAUUCAAGAGAGAAAUGCGACGUGCAAGGAUCCUCAUAAGACAUUAUUCGGUGACCCGGAGAAAGGGUGCUUUGCGGAGCGGUACUACGACGAAUCAACUGACUCACUCAGACUAGGCCAACUUCGCCAACAGAUAGAAACAGCGGCUGAGCAAGCUAGAGCAAUGAAAGAGCGAGAAUGGGAAGAUAAAUGCGUGAAAUAUGAAGAAUUAGUGAGGCAAAUCGCGGGAACAGCAUGCCUCUAUGUUACGGACCAUUUAAAUAUCAAGGUCCACGCUAGUCGACAGUGUAAGAAGUGUUUUCACGAACGGGAGAGAGAAAGAUUCAGGAUCCAAGCCCACGAGCACCCUUUACCAACGAACCCAGUCCAUGCGAAGGCAGUCGUUUUCGAACUCGGCUGCCCUAAAGAGCUUGCCGCCUACCGGGAUAUAACAUGGCGGAUCAUAAGUACUCUCGCUCUCGCAACUCUAGUUGAAGGUGACCAGCCUAAAGAGAUGCUUAAGGAUUAUUCCGAGCUCAGGGCUUACUCUCAGUCAAUGACCUCCCAAUUCUCGCUCGUGUCGGAGAAAAAGUCGUUCCUUAAAACUCACUAUGCACGUCGACGAUUUCCUGUUGAUCUAACCGACGUCUGUCUCCCAAAUGGACUGAAGCAAUUCAAAUAUUAUGAUACAACGUUGAAUAUAUGGCCUGGGAGGCAAUCCAAAAAGACUUCAUUUGCACACCAUUGCGGGAUUACAUUACCUCCAACCUCACCUUAUGCUUCACUGCUACUCUCACCUGAAUUCUCUGCCGAUGGAUCUGGGCUUUCGUCAUACCAAGUCGUCGCAAGUCAGACAAAGUGCCCUUCAGGGCUGAAUGUACACGAAUUUAUGGCAUUCCAGUCUUUAGUUUCUGGCAGAACUCGAAGGUGGCCCCAGAUAUUAGUAGAGCUUGGUUCGACGAAUCUUAAUUUUAGCGCAGAAUCGACAACCUUGUUGAUGGGCCUACUCGCACUGCAGGUUGGACCAUCUCAUAAAAUUGAUCCGCUUGGUGCAGUGCAUGUUGCUUUUAGGGACGAAGCAUUCUGCAAGAGAUUCGUGGAGCAGCUUGACCAGCGCCUCGAUAAUAUAUCGCCUAAUUAUCGCGAGGUGAAUUGCAUGGAGACGAUAAUAUCUUUUAUCCUGAGACUCACACUCCUUGCAGACUCUUUCACUGCAGAGUCGGUUAAGUUGUUAGAAAAGGCCCGAAUUACCACAUUCAACUGGCUCAAAGCGUUGAGGUCGGAGGUUCAGAUAGCCACAGAUGCUGAUAUCUCUCAAAGAUGCUCUCGCUACGCCUGCUGGUCAGCCCUGCUCUGCAAACGAACCUUUGCAAUAUACGUGGAACGCGGUCAACUUUUAGAACCGCCGGCUCUUCGCUGUUUCAUUGAGUGUUCGAUCACAUUGCAGGAUAAUUUAGUUAGCGAUCCGGCUACAUUGCCCUUGCUUCUCAGAAAUGCCCUCAUCCGUGAUUUGAAAAUGGUACACCGAAUGGGGGACAUCCUUCGUCGGUCCCUAGAAGCCAGCCCAAGCAGCUUGGUUUUGUCCCUCGAGUCAGUCUGGCCUGAUACUGAACUUGCUUCAACGAGAUCUUUCUCUAGGUUUGAGUUCCUGGAAGGGAAAAAUCAAGGCUGGGUGAAAGUAACCAUUGAUGCCACAUCCAAGGCCCUAGAACAGACGAUUCAUUUUCAUCUACUGGAAGGGCAUUUGCUGGUUAUGGGCAAACCUGUUGGUAAAUUGCCUGCCGAGCAUAGAACAUCGGCUGUUCUCCAGCAGCUCUUUGGGAAUCAGAGCUUGCUAACGUACCCAUCUUCUCUCCCUGGAAUGACCUACAUGUUGGCGAUUCUCGUUCAUGGACAUCAGAUUCAUCUUGGAUUCCGCAACCGGAUGCUAGUGGUUAGGGCUUUAGUACAGAACACUGUUCUAGAGCUAAUUCCCCAGGACAAGUUUGGUAACCUACGAAAUUUUGAUCUGCCUGCGUCCCUGCUCAUGAACUGUGUUCAUUGGCUUGACCUUGAGACAGGUAUCAUUGAAGUCAGACAACAGCCAGAUAUAUGGAAAUCAAAACCUAGUAACUGGACCUUGAAUUUCUACACUCGCUCUGCAACCCGCCGCAAUGUCACGCUCGUCGAUCCGCAGAGCCCACUUUUCUCUAGAAUUGCCCGGAUCUUUGACAGGUUCGAAUAUCGCCACCAUCUAACUGUAUUCCAGCCACACAAAGUACCUUUAUCCGUGGAGUUGCGGCGCCUAGAGCUCACCUUCGUUGUCAACGGAAGGAACCUACUCGAAUCUCCGCAACUACAGGCGGAAAUAGUCAUUGACCAAGACGCUGGCACUUGGUAUGGCCUGAGUUCAAAGAUCGUAAUGAAAGAUGUGAUUCGGCGCCGUGAUCCCCGUACCCAACGGUUUAUCCAUUCAACCCCUGGCCGCCAAAUAAGCAUCAUUGUGCCAAUAGGGGAUAUACGAUAUAAGCGUUAUGGGCCACACGUCAUAAUUGAUGUUCAAAAUGACGGUAGUUAUGGCAGAUAUACAGUUAACCCCGUGUUGAAGCGUCUCGACUGUCCGGCUGAGCCGCGACUCCUAUAUUUGAAGGCCCAAUUUCACGCAUAUACAUCUUUUGUCUUACCGGACUCACUCACGGGCCGCACUGGAACUGAAGAGGCGAUACCCUGUCUGAAGUCAGGGUAUUGCCAACCGUGGACACCCCUUACCGUCGGUCCACAACGAAGUCUCCAUACACUCUCGAAACUUACCCCGCGAAGGGAGUACUACCCAAAAGAUCUCAAAGUAAUGCAGAAGACGCUCUGGGACCCCCAGCUUACGGCGUCUAUACAACAUGACAGUCUUAGGGCUGUUGUCCAAGAUAUCCUUGCGAAGUCGGAGCAGCUAUCCAUGUUCGCCUCACAAAAGGAUGAGAUCCUUUCCCUGGAACAUGGGGGCGAGAUUCACUUGACUUCACGGAGCCAAUUGAGACGUGAGGCCUAUGAACGUCCGAAUGAUGAAUCUGGCGGACAGCAAGCGUUCCCAGAUCUAGAAUAUUUUUCCCGAGAUCGAUGGAUUAAUAGCCCAGGACGGUUGAAUGUUAUUGAGUCCACGGCGCUGAUUCGUGACUGGCCUUCAAAGAUCUGUACAACACAGGACUUGGCAGGAAUUCUCCAGGGUUGGGUCAAUAUUGGCGGAUGUUCCUCCAGCUUCGACAAAGUCCUUUUGUCCGAUCUUCUUAACGUGCAGUUUGACGCUGAAUGGGGAUCUAUUGCUAAUCUUUGCCGAAGCUGUACCUUCGAGGACGGAUAUCGGCUUAUGUUCCUUUUCGGUAUUAUAUCAUUCCGACAGGAAGCCGACAUGGCAGUUGUAAGGACCUUGAUAUCUUUUGCCUUGCUUAUGGAUUUGAAGCAUCUACAGCCUCCAAGUUGGCCAGGUUAUAAUAACUUUCGCCCCGACCAUGUACCAGGCGUGGAUUACUUAGUCCAACUAAUGAGCCCGUGCCUCACCCCUUAUGGCGGCGACGAAAGAUCCACUUUCGAGUUUGUUCUUGGUUUCAAACUACGAAAAAAGCUCGAAUGUGCUGAGCUGGCACAUCAACAACAGCAAAAGAACGACGCUACUGCUCUAGCAAAUUUUCUUCUGGAGCAAUGGCCGUGUUCGGAGCUUACUAUUGAAGGAUUUUCGAGGCCUGUUUUAAUUAACAUUGCUGAUGCCAUGGAUAUCAUUCGUCCAGAAUGGCAACGUUUGUCCCAGAACUUAGAACUUUCGAAAUAUAUUGCUCAAGUACAGUUAGUCUUGGAUCAGCAUCGCGCUACAGCUACAGUCCUGUCAUCUAACAUCGAGGUUAGAGAGCAAGAGGUACUUCCGACUCGCAUCCGUGGGGGAGAGUUCCCAACUUUAAAAAAGACUCUUCUUCGCAAGACGGUGCUAAGACCCCAUACCUCCGCAAUGUUUGCGCUAGACACCGUGGUUGUAAAUCAUUCCCCCACACAUGUGCCCAAUUCCCAGCGCCAGAAGACCAAUAACAUAUUAACAUCUCCCAUCUCGCCGGGGCAUAAGGUCCCCCAAGUCGCGUGGGAGAUUGACGAGCUCAACAAGAUUAUCGACCAAGUCACAAGGUCUAAGUCAGCAGUCCGACAACAGUAUGGAAAUGAUUUAAAGCAGAGUUUGGAUGCACUUCGGGGCCUCAAGAACCUGGUAGUCGAUGAAGGGGAAGUAACCGAUCUAACAAACUUAUCAGAGGCAAUCUUAAAGGCUAGAAAUCACACUAAAGAGAGGCUCAAUUGGCUCCAGGAGACAUUUGAAAGGGAUGACUCUCGCGUGAUCUGGCUUCAGCAAGGUGGGUUGUGGCCUAUUAUAACCCCAGUUACAGUCCUUGAGAACUUGCGCUCGAUUUCACGAUGUGUCUUCGGUGAUGGUAUGAAGGAACUUAUCACGGCUUAUGCAUUAUGCAUCACCUCGUUACAACGUUUGAUUAGAAUAGAAGACGCACAACAGAAAUCUCAAUAUCAAAGAAUGAUAGAAGAGCAACGCAACCUAGGUCACACUAACUGGAAUCCACAAGACCAACCGGAUUGGCUACUUCUCGAAAUCGACGCGAACAUGCUUAUCCGACCUGUUCAAGUCGAUGUUACUCUUGCUACAACCUCGCCAUACUCGGGAUCGAACUCAGUGUUGCAGAUGAACAUGGGACAAGGCAAAACCUCUUGCAUCAUACCAAUGUCGGCAGUCAGCCUAGCAAAUGGUAAGAGCUUGCUUCGAGUAGUUAUUCCCAAAUCUUUGCUGUUGCAAACGGCCCAACUGCUCCAAGCCCGCCUAGGUGGGUUGGUUGGGCGCGAGAUCCGACACGUCCCCUUUUCGCGCAAAACUCCAACACAUUAUACAGCCAUCCAGGCGUUCCACAGGAUACACAAAGAUAUAAGAGAUGCCCACGGAGUGAUGCUAGCGCUUCCCGAACACUUAUUGUCUUUCAAGCUGUCAGGACUACAGAGGCUGUCAGAUGGCCGCAUUAAUGAAGCCAAAACAAUGAUCAAAGUGCAAGAUUGGUUAACCGGUAAGGCGCGGGAUGUGCUUGAUGAAUGUGAUUCUAUUCUUGCAAUUAGAACACAGUUGAUCUAUCCCUCUGGCUCACAAACAACGGUUGAUGGCCAUCCUCACAGAUGGGAAAUCGCAGAGGCACUGUUAAACCGGGUUAGUGGACACCUAUGGAAUCUACAAAAAGACUACCCUCGAAGCAUUGAGGUCAGACGUCCUCAAGGUGGAUUCCCAGUUGCCUUCUUCCUCCGCAAAGAUGUUGAAGAUCAACUGAUCGCAAGGUUGGUCGACGAUAUCUACCAUCAGCGGAUAUCGAUUCUACCAUCGCAAGGUACAAAUGCGGAUCUCCUUGUGAUCAAGCAAUUUAUCUCGGACGCCAAGGUUUCUGCCCACGUUGCAAAGUCAAUUCAGAAAAUAUAUCCUGACAAUCCUUCCGUCAAACAAACUCUUCAUCUUCUCCGAGGACUGUUUGUGCACCGAAUACUACUAAUGACGUUGAAAAAGCGUUGGAAUGUUCAAUAUGGACUUCAUCCUGGCAGAGACCCAAUUGCCGUCCCAUAUACAGCCAAGGGGUGCCCCAGUGAGCAAGCCGAGUGGGGACACCCCGAUGUUGCUAUCCUGUUCACAUGUUUAGCAUUUUAUUACGAUGGCCUCAGCGUCCCACAACUUCGCCAAACACUCGAUCAUGUUCUAAAAUCGGAUGAUCCUUCUCAAACAUACGACCGAUUCUCACAAGGCUCUAAUCUCCCCGAUUCGUUGCGAGAAUGGAAUGCAAUCAAUAUAGAUGACGAAGCUCAGCUUAGAGAGAUCUGGCAGCAUGUUCAUUAUAACGUCGCGGCUAUUGAUUAUUUCCUGAACUGUUUUGUUUUCCCAAGGCAUGCCAAACAAUUUCAGAUGAAGCUGCAAGCUUCGGGCUGGGAUAUCCCGCUCAUGUUACUUUGCCAUCACUCAAAUGACGUUAAUGAAGUCACAGAACCAUACAAGCCAUUGACUACAGGAUUUAGUGGGACCAAUGAUUGGAAGAGGAUGCUUCCUUUGACCAUCAAUCAGCGCGACCUCCCGGGACUUGCUCAUACCAACGCAGAAGUCCUAACGUAUCUACUACAACCCCGAAAUCGAAGAUAUGUCCUUGCAGCAGACUUCCGUGGGAAGCACCUGUCCGAGAUUGAGCUGCUUAAAAAGAUUACAGGCUUUGGGAUUCGAGUAUUAAUCGAUGCUGGCGCGCAGAUUCUAGAGAUGACCAACUACGCGCUGGCGAAGGUGUGGCUUCAGAUAUUCACCGAGCCUCCAGCAGCUGUCUACUUCGACGAAAAGAACCGACCAAUGGUACUGUAUAGGAAAGGCUAUCAAAUCCCUCUUUUAGCUUCCCCGUUUGCCGACGAUCUGGGAGAAUGCCUCGUAUACUUGGAUGAGGCUCAUACAAGAGGAACAGAUUUAAAAUUUCCACCGAAUGCGAAGGGAGCAUUGACUCUUGGGCUUGGGCAACCCAAGGACCAUACUGUUCAAGCUGCAAUGAGAUUGCGACAGCUUAGUACAUCACAAUCUGUGGUAUUCUUUGCGCCACCUGAGGUCCAUCAAAGCAUCAUGGAUCUUCGCAAAUAUAAGUCAGGAGCCGUCAUCGAUUCUUAUGACGUGAUAUGCUGGCUUCUGGAGCAGACAUGCAGCGAGAUCGAGCUACUACAACCUCUAUACUUUUCCCAAGGCAUUGACUUCUGCCGCCGUGCCCAAGCCGCUUUGGACAACCAAGACUUUCUGGCAGACUCAGACCACCGCAAAAUUUACCUUGCCUCUCUACGAUGUAUCGAACAGCAAACACUGGAGCAAUUGUACGGGUUUAAUAUAAAGGCCAAGACUUUUACGACUUCCGGAAAGCUUUCGCCGUCUAUAGCGACAUUUAAGAAAGAGCUAGAUAAGCGACGGAAGGGUUUCCAGGACUCAGGAAAUGCCGUCCACGGUUCAGUACUACAGGAAGUUGAACAGGAAAGGGAAAUUUCACAUGAAGUGGAAGCCAUUAGGGAGGUGCAAAAGCCUGUCCAUUACCAAUCGCACAAUUUCCCAGGGCUUCACAAGGACAUCAUUGCCUUUGCAAAAACUGGUCGACUUGCUGCAGGUGCUACAACAUUUGUGGAGGCAUUUGUUGCUCUUGGAAAUGGGACAGCCCUAGGCCGUAAAUACGGUAUCAACAGUAAUGCAGUCUCAUGCAGGCUGCAUGUUUCAUAUCAAUUUACCAAGACAGUCAACUCACCGUUGGAUCGCCCUCUUGACCAAUUCCAGCGCCCGGUGAACUGGGCCAUCUUCAGCGUGCUAACCGAUGUUGCCGUCAUUGUCAUCCCGGAAGAGGCUGAGCAGCUACUGCGCCUGAUGCAUGGAGCAGAAAGCUCGCCAACUCAUCUCCUCGCAUACGCGGCCCCCGUUACAAGAAAGAUGCUGCAUUUCAAUGAUUUCAGAUACUAUUCAGUACCAUCGUUGCCCAAAGACUGGGAGGCGCCGAUGUGGUUUCGCAUUGAGCUCGGCAUAUUUGCGGCACGUCUCUACUUCCCCUACUCAGAGUACACCUACUUGCUUCAGUAUCUUGGGAUAAAGCAUAAUGGCUCGAAACUUGAGGAGGAAACUGAAGACUCUGGUCCCGAAGUCGAUGUUGUAGACGACACUAACAAAGAGCCGGAGCUAUCUGCGAAGAAGUAUGAACUUCCAGCCUUCACCCGCAAGCCCCUUAGCUUUCUUCAAGAGUAG